AUGAAGAUUUUGCGGAAAUAUUUAGAGAAAAAUGGAUCUGGGUAAGUUAUAAUACAGUCUUUUGGCAUGUUACUUGAAAAUUUAGGUCAGUAACUUUGAUCUGCGAGGAAGAGGAAGAUGUUUGGCAUGUUUAUAACUUGGUAAGAGUUGGGGAUCAGGUCAGAUGUUCGACUGUGAGGAAGGUUACUCAAGAGACGCAGACCGGAUCGAAGAGUUCCCAGCGAAUGCAUGUGACUUUAACUGUUGUUGUGGAGAAUAUAACUUACGAUCCGAGUGUUUGUGUUUUACAUUUGAAAGGUAAAAGAUUUUCGUUUAUUUUUCCUUAAUUUAGGUAUCAAAUUUCACAAAAAAUGAUCAUUAUCUUAUAGUAGACAUCAACUAUCUCUUUUUAGGCAAAAACAUUCAAGAAAAUGAACAUGUCAGGAUGGGAGCAUAUCAUACGUUGGACAUCGAGCUGCAGAAGAAGUUCACUUUGGCCAAACAAGAAUGGGACAUAAUAGAUUUGGAGAGAUUGGAGAUCUGUGCUGAUGUGAGCCAUUCAGCUGAUGUUGGAGCGAUUGUAAUGCACGAGGGCUUGGCCAACGUUUGUUUAUUGACUAAAUCAAUGACUGUGGUCAAAGCUAAGAUUGAUAUGAACGUAUGUUUAUUCUUUGUUGAGUUUUUUUCUGCUUUUAGGUUUUAAAACGUUUAGAAAAUAUUGUUAUAGGAGAAUCAGUCAUGUUUAAUAUAAUAAUUCACCGUUAUUUGGCUAUAUUUUUUUGGUUUUAAUAAAUAUUAUUGUAGAUAGCAAAAAAAAGGAAGGGCUUUUCACAACAACAUGACAAGUCCGUGGAAAAGUUCUUCAACGCCGUGGUCUUGGCUUUCGUAAAGCAUAUGAACAUGGAGCAGCUUAAAUGUGUUAUAGUGGCGUCUCCGGGCUUUUUAAAGGAAACUUUUAUGGAAAAGCUGUUGGAACAUGCUGGCAAUAAUAACUUGAAAGAUAUUACUCAAAAUAAAAGCAAAAUAUUACUUGUUCAUGCGACUAGCGGAUAUAAACAUGCGCUGAAGGAGAUAUUGGCCGAUCCUAAUGUUGCUUCAAGGCUUGCUGAUACUAAGGUGAGUUAGAUGACUUUAUAUAAAAAAGUGUUAAAGAAUAUAGUGUUAUUAACGAUAUUUUUUAAUAACGCUUUGACAUAUAUAUUUUUAAACAUUAAAAUUUGGGGGCUUUUAUAUUGUACAUGAUGUUUUAAGUGUUCCAAAGUAAAAGGCUCGUAACGUUUUAUUUGUUGAAGCUAGAGAAAUGAAUCUUUGCGCAAAUAAUGGUCAAUAUCUUCUUCACAGGAAUCCAAAUUUUUAAAUUCAUACUUAAACUUUAGGCCCAAGAAGAAGUGAAAGCCCUGGACACCUUCCUCGACCUAAUGAACAACGAUCCCGAUCGUGCUUUCUAUGGCUACAACCACGUGCGAAUAGCGUUGGACCAACUAGCUAUAGCCACAUUGAUGGUAUCUGAUCUACUGUUCAGGUCGAGAAACAUAGAACAACGUAAGAAGUACGUGAAACUUGUGGAUGAUGCCAGAAAUGCCAAUUGUAAUGUACUCAUCUUCUCUUCAAUGCAUGUUACUGGAGAGCAACUUGGACAACUAACUGGAGUCGCAGCGAUCUUAAGGUUCCCAUUGGAGGGGGUGGAUGACACUUUCGAGGAGGAUGAAGAGGUGCUAGAUCUGCCUGAUGAGCAUUGGACUGAUCCGGACCAAAUGGUCAAUACCACUAUGUCACCUGAACCGGUGAUGUAA